AUGGGGCUUCCCUUCACCCAGGGCAGAUUGAUUCCUAACUACAAAUGUGGGGUGCCCAGAAAUCUGGCUGCUGUCGUUGUGGGCCCUGACAUCUGUCUCCAUGGUGCAACUAUUCUGAGCAUCUACAAAGUUCCUCAGGCACCACCUUUUUCUUUAUGUAAUGAUCCUUGUCAGGCAGGAUACAGCAAGGUCAAGAAAGAAGGGGAGUCAUUUUGCUGCUAUGAUUGUCUUCCAUGUCCAGAGGGGAAAAUAUCAAAGGAGAAGGAUAUGGAAGACUGUUCUCAUUGUCCAGGAGGUCAUUAUUCAAACUAUGACAAAGAUGCAUGCAUUCCAAAACACAUAACUUAUUUAUCCUAUGAAGAACCCUUGGGGAUCAGUUUAGCUAUUUGUGCUCUUUCUUUUUCUUUUAUCACAGCUCUGAUGCUUGGGAUUUUCACUAAACACAAAAACACUCCCAUCGUCAAAGCUAACAACCGGAAUCUCACCUACACUCUUCUAGUUUCUCUCCUCCUUUCUUUUCUUUGUGUUUUAUUAUUUAUUGGGAAACCUAAUAAGAUUGUGUGUCUCCUUCGACAACCAGCUUUUGGAAUCAUCUUCUCCAUGGCAGUUUCCUGUGUGUUGGCCAAAACUUUUGUUGUGGUCCUAGCUUUUAUGGCCAUUAAGCCAGGAUCUAGAAUGAGAAAAUGGGUGGGGAGAGGAAUGGACAGCUACAUUGUUCUUUUUUGUUGCCUUGUUCAAACCAGUAUUUGCAUCACAUGGCUGGCACUUUUCCCACCAUAUCCAGAUUUUGAUGUGCACUCAAUGUCUGAAGAGAUCAUCAUGGAGUGUAAUGAUGGAUCAGUCACUAUGUUCUACAGUGUUUUGGGUUUUAUGGGUUUCCUGGCAGUGGUCAGCUUCUCUGUUGCUUUUCUAGCUAGGAAGUUACCUGAUACUUUCAAUGAAGCUAAAUUCAUAACUUUCAGUAUGUUGGUAUUCUGCACUGUUUGGUUGUGCUUUAUUCCUACCUAUAUAAGCACAAGGGGAAAAUACAUGUUGGCUGUGGAGAUCUUUUCCAUGAUCUCCUCCAGUGCUGGCUUAUUGAUGUGUAUCUUUUUCCCCAAGUGUUUUAUUAUUGUAAUGAGACCUGAACUGAACAAUAAGCAUCAGUUAAUGAAAAAAAUGUUUUAA